AUGCUGUACGGUGUCUACCUCCUCGUGAACGAGUGCCAUUACGCUGGAGAACUCCCAUACUGGGAUUGGACGCUCGACUGGCAGAACCUCGCCGCUGCGCCAGUGUGGGAUCUCGACCAUGGUUUCUCAGGCAAUGGUCGUGAAAGCUCAAAAUCCAGUGUUCUCUUCCCGCGCUCACAUUGCAUUGAAGAUGGUCCAUUUGCAAAUUUUGAAGUCGCCCUUGCAGAUGCUACGUACGCGCCGCAUUGCUUGACGCGCGACUUUGGCUCUUUCAAGGAUGAGCCUGUCGCAAAUCUAUCGCAGCAUCUUCGUCCGAGUGCUAUCGAAGCUCUUUUGGUAGAAGACGACUACUACAAGUUCCUCGUACGAUUUGAAGAUGGAGCGCACAUCGCUAUACCUAAGUUCAUCAUGGGAGACUUUCGAUUGUUUACUUCACCUAAUGGCAGCUUCAAGCCUAGGUCGGAGGAGCAAGCAAGUCUCGAUGACAUCGUCUCGAUCGGAGGUCUAGCACCGGAUGUCAAAGUCUCGGACAUCGUGGAUGUACGAUCGGGCAUCUUUUGUUAUACGUACUAG